ACCCCCCCUUUAAACACACUCUCUCAGCACAAAAAUAAAAAAAAAGCACAACACCACCGCCCUUUAUUUCCCUCAGGCAUUACAUCAAACACUUUGUCUUCUUCACCGGAAAACAGAAAGAAAGAAGAAAAACAUUCCGUCAACUUCGCCGUUAUAUUGCCGGAAAACUCGCCGGACAACGGUAACGGUGAAAGUAAGUUUUUGAGUUUUACUUAUUUUAAUACGAUGUUACUUAACGGUGUUUUAUUAUUAGUUUUUAGAACAGUAAGCGAAAACGACGUUGUUUUGGUGAUUGUCAUUAAAAGGAGGGAGUUUUAAAACGGGGUUUAGAUUGAAACGUUGUCGUAUUUGCGUUUUAAAUGGUUUUGACUUGACUGAUUUGUUGUCGAAGCAGGGGAUAUUCGGGAUACUAGUACUGAUAGACGUACGGGGUAAAGAAAAGAGAAAAGGGUGUUGUAUGGGGAGGUUAGGAGUGGGGAUAGCGAUGGGGUGUGCGGUGGCGGCGUGUAUUGUAGCGGCAGCUAUGGUGGGUAAAAGGGUAAAAAGGAGGAGGAAGUGGAAGAAAAUGGUUAAGGUUUUGGAAGAACUGGAAGAGUCUUGUGAUACACCUGUUGCUAGAUUAAAGCAAGUAGUUGAUGCUAUGGCUGUUGAAAUGCACGCUGGACUUGCUUCUGAAGGCGGGAGUAAACUCAAGAUGUUGCUUACAUAUGUUGAUAAACUUCCAAAUGGGAGUGAGAAGGGAACAUAUUAUGCUCUGGACCUUGGUGGUACGAACUUUAGAGUUUUGAGAGUCCACUUAGGAGACCAAACGUCUGCUAUUCUCGGACAAGACAUUGAACGCCAACCCAUUCCGCAACACCUGAUGACUAGCACAAGCAAGAAUCUGUUUGAUUUCAUUGCAUCAUCGUUAAAGGACUUCAUUGAAAAGGAGGGUAAUGGUUUGGAGCAGCCUUCACCUUGGAGGAGAGAACUUGGCUUCACAUUUUCAUUUCCUGUGAAGCAAACUUCUGUCUCAUCUGGCAUUUUGAUGAAAUGGACAAAAGGAUUCGCGAUUGAAGACACGAUUGGAAGAGAUGUUUCUGAAUGUCUACAACUAGCAAUGUCCAGCAAAGGUCUAGAUGUGCGGGUUGCAGCACUGGUAAACGACACUGUGGGAACUCUAGCUCUUGGACAUUAUAAUGAUGAAGACACAGUUGCUGCAGUUAUAAUUGGGACUGGCACUAAUGCAUGCUAUUUGGAGCGGGCAGAUGCAAUUAUUAAGUGUCAAGGUCUUUUAACAACAUCUGGAGGCAUGGUGGUCAAUAUGGAAUGGGGAAACUUUUGGUCAUCUCAUUUACCAAGAACCUCAUAUGAUAUAGACUUGGAUGUUGCUAGCCCAAACCCAAAUGAUCAAGGCUUUGAGAAAAUGAUAUCAGGAAUGUAUUUGGGAGACAUUGUCAGGCGAGUGCUCCUUAGAAUGUCGGAGGAAUCAGAUGAUUUUGGACCUUCAUCUUCAAAAUUAGCAAUUCCUUUCGUCUUGAGGACACCGUUGAUGGCUUCUAUGCAUGAGGAUUAUUCACCUGACUUGAGUGAAGUAGCCAAAAUUCUAGAAGAAGUUCUGGAGUUACCUGAUGUGCCAGUGAAAGUUCGGAAGCUUGUAGUGAAGGUAUGUGAUGUCAUUACUCGAAGGGCUGCUAGAUUAGCAGCUGCUGGUAUCGUAGGAAUCUUGAAGAAGAUUGGUCGAGAUGGGAGUGGGGGCAUAGCCAGUGGAAAAUUCAGGAGUGAUAGGCCAAGUCGGAUGAGAAGAACAGUUGUGGCUAUCGAGGGUGGUUUAUACACAAGAUACACCUUAUUCAAAGAAUACCUGAAUGAAGCGAUGAAGGAAAUUUUAGGGGAGGAAGUUUCCCCUUACGUCAUUCUUAAGGUCAUGGAAGAUGGAUCAGGCAUUGGAGCAGCUCUUGUUGCUGCUGCAAAUUCAGCCUCUGAGGCGGAUAGGGUACAGGUGCAGUGAAUAUAAGCAAAUACUAAUAUAUACAUAUAUCUAUACACAGCUUUGUAAAUUGUAGAAAAUUGUUUCAACAUCUCAAUCCAUGAAAAUGUAAAAGGGAAGGUUGUGUAUAUGUGUCAUAUAUGUCAAGAAAUCUGAUAUUAUAGUCUAGGAGAUAUAUCCCCAUUGCUGUCUUAGCAUGGUAUUGGUCCAUUGCAAGGUUGUAGUAAAUUAAUGGUAUUUGUUGAUUUCAGUAUUUACCCCCUUUAUGUUUUUUGUGCAUGUAAAGAAUCUUUUGAAAGGCUUUCAUUUAAUCAUUUAUUCAUUUGUUUAUGUCUCUUAACACUG